AUGAAGUUUGAACAAGCUCUUUAUGUUGCUACGUCGCUUGUCGGCAAUGUAACUGGUGUUGCCGCUAGUAACAAGCUCUUCUCCGGUGCCACUAUUAUUGCUUGGGACGAAUCUGAUCCAGAGCCUCGCGUAAUUCGCAAUGGCUAUUUAUUAGUCGAGGGCGACCGGAUCGCAAGCAUCGCCACUUCCAAGCCAUCCCGGCUUCCCAGAAAUACCGAGGUCAUCGAUGCUACCGACCAGAUCAUAAGCCCCGGCUUCAUCGACACGCAUCGUCAUGGUUGGCAGACAGCCUUCAAGACACUUGGAUCCAACACUACCCUGGCUCAAUACUUUGGACGUUACGGAGAGUUCGCAGCUGCACCCCAUUUCAAUGCCGAAGACGUUUACUGGGGGCAGUUAGCAGGACUCCUCGAGGCCCUGAACGCCGGAGUCACAACUUCGCUAGACCAUGCCCAUCAUACUUGGUCGAAUGAAACAGCUUAUGCGGGUCUCAAUGCCUCAAUUGAGAGUGGUGCUCGUGUAUUUUGGGCUUAUGCUUUCCAUGAUGUUCCGUCCUUGAACUACACAGUUAAGGAUCAGAUUCCUAACUUCGUUGACAUGGCUGAGAAUGGCCUUCUGCAAGACAGCAAUGUUGAGAUAGGAAUUGCGUAUGAUUCCUUCGGCCCAAACCCUCCAGAUGUCGCAAAGGAGGUUGCAAACCUGGCACGAGAAUUUAAUGUCUCGGUUGUUACAACCCACUCUCUUGCUGGACCCUUUGGAGUCUCCAACCUUCCCGAGGACGUUCACUCCUUUGACCUGCUCAACACGUCGAUACCAGUCGUCUUUUCUCACGGCAGCUUCCUCACGGCCACUGGCGCCAACCUUCUUCGUCAAACAAACCAAUAUCUCUCUAUCACUCCGGAGUCGGAGAUGCACUACGGACAUACGCAUCCACACUCUUACUAUAUCCAGAAUCAGGCUGCGCUCGGCGUCGACACCCAUUUCACCUACUCAACCGACAUUUUAACGCAAGCCCGAAUCUGGUUGCAAAGCGUGCGCUAUUUCUUCUUUGACAAGGUACUCUCCGGGUGGGAGGUGCCCAAGAAUAACCCAAUGAGUGUUGUUCAGGCUUUUUCGCUUGCAACUCGAGCCGGAGGUCUCGCACUUCGCCGUCCAGAACUUGGAGUCAUCCGUGAAGGAGCAAAGGCAGACCUAAUUGUUUGGAAUGCAGCCGAGUCACCCUCACUGCUGGGGUGGACAGACCCCAUUGCUGCAAUUAUGCUGCAUGCCAGCGUUGCUGAUAUCUUGCAUGUCAUGGUGAAUGGGGACUUUGUGAAGCGGGAUGGAAAGCUAGUUAUCGCUAACUAUUCAACGAUCAGACGAAGCUUUCUUGAGAGUGCUAGACGGAUAAAGAAUAUUUAUAGAGAAUUUGACUACCCAAGCCUUGAAGGGAAGUUCAAUGGAGGGGGCUUUUACUAUGGAGAGGCAAGGGUUGCAGACACUGAGAGAGGUACGAAUAACGGGUAUGGAGGGCUACAUCUAUUGGAAUAG